UGCCAUAUCCUGAUAAAUUCGUCACGUCCGGCUGUUGCUCAAAGGAGCUACCAAUAUGAACCUCUUGCUUCCGGUAAUGCCUCCUUUUCGGCAGCGGCUACUUCCUCGCCAACAUGCCACUCGCAAAAGACUUGUUGCACCCGUCCCCUGAGGAGGAGAAGAGGAGGCACAAGAAGAAGCGUCUUGUUCAGAGUCCCAACUCUUACUUCAUGGAUGUAAAAUGUCCAGGAUGCUACAAGAUCACGACGGUGUUCAGCCAUGCUCAGACAGUCGUGCUGUGUGUGGGCUGCUCUACAGUCCUGUGUCAGCCCACCGGAGGCAAAGCACGUCUCACAGAGGGGUGCUCAUUCAGGAGGAAGCAGCACUAGCUGUCCUCCCCGGAGAGGAGGGGAUGGACCGGUUGAUAUCAGCGCCUUCGAGACGGCAGCGGCGGCGGACCCUGCGGCCCGAUCGAAAACGAGAUCU